AUGACACACGGCAAUUUGCUCAAGGACGAAUCUAAAAAACAAGAAAUAGAAGUCAUAUAUGGGAAAAAUGGGGGAACUGAUUAUAUUGAAAGAAAGGAGAUUGACAACAUGUUCCAAAAUGAUGUCGCCGUGGAUCUCCAGGGGAUUCCAAAAUUUUUUAUAUAUCAAUGUUGUCGAGGAAAAAUUCAUAUGAAAGCGAUAAAUUCGCAGAUAGAAACUGAUGACAUUGAAACUGAUUGCUCAGAUCGAGAAGACGCAGUACCUAUUAUCAGCGACAUUGUCAUCAUCAAUUCCACACUCCCAGGUCACAUGGCGUAUAAAGAUGGCGAAGGUUCUAUUCUGAUUACAUCAAUAAACACCAUUUUCGGAAAACAUGGUAAGAAAAAACAUGUAUUAGAUUUGCUGACAAUGGUGAACUCUGAGAUGUUGAAAUAUAUUAGCAGCUGUAGACAAUCGCCUCAGUCAUUAGAGACUAUUUUCAUAAAGCCGAUGUCCGUAUUGGAGUCAUGCUUGGUGAAACACUUUUACCUGACCGAAUGA